CAUCAGCUGAUCGCCGCAAUAAACCAGUUGACGGUCAUCGUGUUUGGGCCGUGGAGGUGCGCCGAUUUAGCCGCAUGAUUUUGAAACUCGCAGAUAUAGCUCAAUUUAUUGUAACCAGAGCAGCAUUCAGAGUGACUAAACCAAUCAGGCGAAUUAGUUUUCGUAACAUUGGUGCCGAAACCGCCGGGAAAAGUGCUUUGAGUGAUCGGUAUGUCUCUGGAAGAGCUCAAGCGGGCGAGGACAGCGGCGCGUGGCUGGCUAAAAAGGGCCACAGUAAAGCUUGAAUCUGUCAUUGCUGAUGAAGACAGUGAUGGGGUAGCUAUUCAGAGCUACCUGGAUGAUUUUGAUCAGCGCCUGGCUAACUUGGACUCUGCUCAAGAAAAGCUAGAGCUAGUGCUUCAUGAUGAUGAGCUUGAAAGUGACUUUGAGAAAGCAGCUGAGAUCCGUGAUGCUGCGCUUGGCAUUAGGGUCAAAGCUGUAAGGCUUAAAGUAGCUCGUGAGAGAGACUCAGCUCAAAGUGACAAUGGCAGUAGCUGUACUUCUCAAGUAAAGCUGCCUAAGAUCGAGUUGCCAAAGUUUGGUGGCGAUGUGGUAGAUUGGUCGACAUUCUGGGACCAGUUCAGCGCCACUGUUGACCAGUCUGACUUGGCAACAGUCUCGAAGCUCGUGUAUUUGAGAUCUUUGCUCUAUGGUGAAGCUAAGCAGGCGAUAGAUGGUCUUGCGGUGACUGCCACCAACUAUGCGGUGGCCUGUGACAUUCUCAAAGCAAGAUUUGCCAGACCUGCUAAGGUUAUUUUUGCUCAUAUCGAGAAGCUUCUCAAUCUGGGCAGUGGUUCUGAUCUUAAGCCCAUUCAAGAUGAACUCUUGGUGCAUAUUCGAAGCCUUGAGAGGCUUGGUGUCGGUGGUGAGAGGUACGGUGUAAUACUUACCCCACUGGUACUGAGCCGUCUGCCCGAGGACUUCAGGAUGGAAUGGGCACGGGACUGUGAAGGAAGAGAGAGUGACUUGGACUACCUUCUGCAGUGUCUGAAGAAUGAAAUAAGCCGCAAGGAGAGAUCUCAAGUGCUGGAGGGCAACAGUGUUUCUGUGCAGUCUGGGGCACAGACUCGGAUCACCCCAGGGAGGAGAGGCAACAGGUCAGCAGCAGGUGCUGUGCCAUCGGCAGCAGCCCUGCAGGCGACGACAGCUGCAGCAGGUGCUGUGCCAUCGGCAGCAGCCCUGCAGGCGACGACAGCUCCAGUGGACAGAUGUGGAUUCUGCCAGAAACCCCACCAUGUCUCAGCUAAGUGCAGGGGAUUUCUGAAGCUAGGAGUGGGGAAAAGGCUCAUGAGAGUAAAACAGUCAGGGCUGUGCUUUCAGUGCUUCAGUGCUGGUCAUAGAGCCAGAGAUUGCUCAGUCAGAUGCGAGUGUUGUGGUGGCCGCCAUCAUGUUUUGUGCUGCUACAAGCAGCAAGGCCAGACUCAGGGUGAUCAGGGUUCUACUGAAUCCCACCGUCAGAUGAGCAACAGUGCUGAUGUGGGAGCUGUGAGUAGAGGAGUGUCUGAUGUGUCACUCUCAUGCAACACUGUGCAAAAGAAAGACUGUAUUGUGCUGCCUACUGCUAGGGUCACCGUCAUUGGGUCUCGGGGGCCAGUAGAGGCCACAGUUCUGUUUGAUAGCGGAUCUGAUAGGACUUAUGUGUCAGAGUCACUGGUACAGCGUGCCUCACCGAAGUGGACUGGGUCUGAGGACACAUCGUAUGUGGCUUUUGGUGGUAAGAAGUCAUGUGUCUCACAGCAGAACACUUAUGAUGUGACAAUGCAGAGUGCCUGUGGUGAAAAGGUGUCUGUCAAAGCUGUGUCAGUUCCUGUGAUCUGUCAGCCCCUACAGAGACCUCGUGUGACUCAGGACGUAUUGCAGCAGCUGGGCUUAGCUGGCAUUGAGAUGGCUGAUGUGUACCAGAGUGACCGUGAAGUGUCUAUUGAUAUCCUGAUAGGAUUGGAUGUGUACUGGAGCCUAGUGAAACCUGGCAUUGUUCGUGCUGUAGAUGGCCUGGUAGCUCAGAUGACUGUGUUUGGCUGGGUCAUUUCUGGAGCUGUGGCUGGCAGUGGCGGCUCACUGUCUGGUGUGGGCUGCCAGCUUCUGACGUUAGGUGAUGUGCACAGCACUUCACUCAGGAACCUCUGGUCUCUGGAAGGGGUAGGCAUUGCUAAAGAUGAUGAUGCCAUGCCUGAUGUUCUCGCCGAGUUCGAAUCGUCUGUUCACAUGAGGGAGGGACGCUAUGAGGUAAAGUUACCCUGGAAACCUGGUGCAGUGGGUAAGCUUCAGGACAACCUCGCGUCUGCCAAGGCUCGGUUAGCGAGUCUCACACGUAAACUGUCAAAGGACCCUGGACUGUGUGACCGGUAUAACAGCGCUCUGCGAGAUAUGGAGGAGGCUGGUGUGAUCGCGGAGGUGCCUGCUGAGGAGAUGUGUACCUCAAAGCCGACUUUCUACCUGCCACACAGACCGGUGGUCAAGGAGAGUAGUAGCUCCACGAAAGUCCGACCUGUUUUUGAUGCAUCGUCGUGCGGACCAAAUGGCGUGUCCUUGAAUGAUUGUUUAGAGAUAGGGCCAUGCUUGCUCCCUGACCUGGUAGAAGUGCUUCUAAGGUUUAGGAGGUGGCCUGUGGCUGUGACAGGUGACAUCACAAAGGCCUUUCUGCAGAUAUCCCUCUGCAAAGAGGAUCAGGACACACACAGGUUUCUGUGGGAGCGUGACGGGGUUGUGCGCGUGAUGAGGGCACAGAGAGUGAUUUUUGGUGUGUGCAGCUCUCCAUUUCUAUUGAACGCUACCAUACGCCACCACCUGUCUCACUACCCAGACUCUGCAGUGAUCACAGAAAUGCGUGAAAACUUCUAUGUAGACGACCUGCUGUCAGGAGCAGACACAGAGCAGGAGGCCGCUGAGCUUCUGUCAAAGGCUCAGGAGGUGAUGUCAGACGCCGGUAUGACGCUCACUAAGUGUAGGACGAAUAGCCCAGUGCUGUUCGAAAAGGCUCAGACUGUGAUGGGGACAGGUCUGAACGAGAGCUGCAAAGUGCUUGGUGUGAUGUGGCAGCCCACAGAUGAUGUGUUUACGUUUCAGGGCGUAACACUGCCUGAUGAUAUCGUGCCCACGAAGCGAGUGGUGCUCAGUUUUGUAGCUCGUAUGUUUGACCCUCUCGGCUUCGUCGGCCCGUUUGUGAUGACCUUGAAAUGUUUGUUUCAAGAGCUCUGGCAGUUGGGUCUACACUGGGACGAGCCGCUUCCUGAGAUCUUCUCUGAGACCUUCAGCCGGUGGCUGAGGGAGCUGGAGCUGUUGAAAGAGUUCCAAGUGCCGCGCCGCUACUUCGAGACGGCGUGGAAGGGCACCCAGCGAGUGGAGCUGCUGGCUUUCUGCGAUGCCUCGCCAAAAGGUGGCUCUCCAGCCCAACAGGUCAACCUGUCGCAGCUGCGGAGCCGGAGCCAGAGGCGCCACGGCUACUGGGUGAGGAGGCUGUUCUGACAGCGACUACUCCGGCCCCGUGUUCGCUCGACUUCCAGCGCUGUGGAUCCUUCUCCAAGGCGGUGCGCGUCACAGCCUGGGUGAGGAGGUUCAUUCGGAACGCCAGGACGCCUGGUGCAGGCGCUCGAGGUAAGGGGCCCAGAACGCGGCAGAGUGCCGCUAAACGGCUUCAGCUGGAGUUAGACCCUGACGAGAUUGUGCAAGCGAGACGUCAGCUGCUAGUCCUGGUACAGGGUGAGGCCUACCCGGACGAGCUGAGAGCACUGCGAUCGGGCAGAGACGUCGCGAAAGGGUCGUGCCUGUACCGUCUCGUGCCAUUUGUUGAUGAUGACGGACUGAUCAGGGUGAACAGCAGACUGCAGAUGUCUGAUCUGUCCUACGACGAGGUUCAUCCCGUCGUUCUGCCGACCUGUCACGUGUCGGAGCUGCUAGUCCGUGAGCAGCACUUGCUGAUGCGACACGCUGGCGUGUCUGCCCUAAUCAGCUCACUCAGAGGGUCGUAUUGGAUUUUCGGACUGCGACGCCUCGCAAAGAGAGUGAAAAGGGGAUGUGUUCCAUGUCAAAGGCAGGAUACUCGAGCAUGCAACGCGCCAGUGGCGCCGCUUCCGAAGUCGAGGGUGACUGAGGCACCCCCGUUUGCUGUCACCGGCAUAGACUUCGCAGGGCCGGUGUUCUGUGUAGAUGAGCCGCGCAAAAAGUUGUACGUGUGCCUGUUCACAUGUGCGGUAACCAGGGCAGUGCAUGUAGAGCUGGUAGACUCCCUGUCUUUAGAGGACUUCAUGCUGGCGCUCAGGCGUUUUGCAGCCAGGAGGGGAAUGCCUACUGAGAUUUACUCCGAUAAUGCUGCGACGCUGAAGGGCGCUGAUUCUCUCUUGCAGAGACAGUUCGGACAUUUGGCACCGGCGUGGAAGUUUAUCGUCCCACUGUCCCCCUGGUGGGGAGGAUGGUGGGAAAGACUGAUUAGGUCGGUUAAGUCGGGACUGAGAAAGGCGCUAGGUAAGCGCUGCCUGACGAGGAUUGAGUUGGAGACGCUUCUCAGCGAGGUCGAGUCCUGCAUAAACUCGCGUCCAUUGGUCUAUGCUGGUGAUGAUGCGGAUGCGACCGAACCCUUGACUCCCAGUCACUUUCUGAUAGGCAGGGGGUCCGGCUUUCAGCCGGGAGAGCAGUUAGAUCCAGCUGCAGCAGCGCGACAGUCGCUGCCGGCUCGCGCCAGACUUCGUAAGGAGCGCAUGGAUCGGUUUUGGGAAGUUUGGUCGUCCGCCUACUUGCGUCAGUUACCCACUUCCGUUCGCCAAUUCCGCCAUCACGGUAGCUUGAGGGUAGGCUCAGUCGUUUUGAUUCAUGAGAAGAACGUUCCGCGCUUGAUGUGGCCGGUUGGUGUGGUUGUGCGGCUGUAUAAAGGGUCUGAUGGUGUCGUACGAUCCGCUGACCUACGUACAGCGAAGGGUGUCCGUACUCGCGCGAUUCAGUGUCUCCACGAUCUAGAGUGCGAUUAGAGAGUGGAGCGUCUGGUUAGGCUUUCAGACAGAGUCGUCUCUCUUUCGUUGUAGUUAAGUGUAUCCUUGUGUGUGUAUACUGACCGGGUUUGUUGAUCAGUUGUGUGCUAAUGCACUCGUCAUUUCUGGCCAAGCUGAUGUGUUUCGCUAUUUGAUCUCUGUGUCAUGAUUGUUGCUAGGCCUAAAGUGUGUUGGAGUAUCACGUAUCGAUGUUCUCUAUACUCCAACGGGGCGGAGAAUGUUGUGAAAUGUGGACCAUAUUUAGUGCCGCCCGCCCCCCAGCGCUACCUGGUGCUUGUUUGGUCACCUCCCCAGCGCCACCUAUUGGCUCUGUUUUAGGAUGGAGCAGAUUGCGGGUCAGAUUCUGUGGACGGUGGCGCGCCUCUGGUGAGGAAGGUGUGAACCACAGGGCACACGUGGCACACUGACCCAGUUUUGCAUCAGCUGAUCGCCGCAAUAAACCAGUUGACGGU